CGGAAAUAAGAACUAUAAGAAACCUGAGAGUGCAGGUGCAAUGUUUUCCCGUUAAGAUUAGAUGAGUAGCACACAGCCUCACUCACACUGCUCUUCCCAUUGUCUCACUAUGGACCUGCCAUCUUUAUUUCUUUGUAUACUGUUUGAAGUCCUGGCUGUAAACUGUCAAGAGCUGGCACAGGGACGUAUAGUUGGAGGAUACGCACCAGUUCCACAUUCAAUCAAAUACAUUGUGUCCAUACAGACAACCCAGCGUCAGCACUUAUGUGGAGGCUCCUUGAUAAAUAAGUACUGGGUAAUCACAGCAGCACACUGUAACAUUGGGGUAGAGAAAAUGAUGAUCGUAGCAGGAGACUACUCUCUGACCAUCUAUGAGGGAACAGAGCAAGAAAUCCUGCCCCAACUGUUGGUUCCCCACCCGGAGUACAACCGCACCACCACCAACAAUGACAUUAUGCUUAUUAAGCUAAGGGCCCCGGUGUAUCUGAACAGCUACGUCUCCAUCGCUCUGCUGCCCCGACAGGGGGCCUCCGUGGCGGAGGGCAGAGUGUGUCGAGUGUCAGGCUGGGGAUAUACCAGCCCCAGUGGAGGCCAGAUCCCCUCCACCCUCCGCACCAUCACGCUGCCCAUCGUCUCCACAGAAAAAUGCAACAGCAGUGAGUCCUUUAACGGCAACAUCACAGAAAACAUGCUCUGCGCUGGUUUCAGUACUGGUGGAAAGGAUGCCUGUCAGGGGGACUCUGGGGGCCCACUAGUAUGUGAGGGCCGGGUCUAUGGUUUGGUGUCCUGGGGGAGAGGAUGUGCUGAUGCACAGUUUCCUGGAGUCUACACCGCUGUGUCGAAGUUCCGCAGGUGGAUAGACAACACCAUAUUUAGCUACUACAGAAAGUGUUAAGGAUUAAACCCCAAUGUUACUUCAGAUUAAAAAAAAGGAGAGGAGACUUAAAGUUCUUAAUUUCAAUUCUUUGAUUUAAUAUGUUCUUUUUACCAUUUGUGCACAUUUAAUUAUAUGUCAUGUGUGUGUUAAAAUAAUAGUUUGGGAAUUAAGCUUACAGUAUUUGCUUUCUAGCCGAGAGAACAGAAGCUUCAUACCACUCUCAUGAGUGGUAACAAUCUUUUCAUCUCAAGUGCAUUAUUCAAAAUGUUUGAAUUAAAACGUUUUCAAGCUUGUAUAUGUAUCAUGUCUGUUGUUAAACUGUUUAAAACAUUCCAAAAGCAAAACAAGCAACCAACACCCCUCAGGUAAAAGGACAUAUUGACCACAUUUCCACAACAUCAAGAACGAGGUGCCAUAUCACUGCUUCAAUUUCUCAGUGCUCAUGGAGAACUAUUUGAGAUACUAUAAGCAAGUGCAUGCAUAAUUUAACUGGUUCUAACCUGUGCUACAACAUCAAAGAUCACAUGUUCAAUGUUCGUUCACAGGCGAUCGUCAAUAGCGACAAUAACAGCAACAGCUGUACAAUAUAAUGCAAUCCAAUACAGGAGCCCCGCAAAACACCACUUUUGUGAAGCUUGCAAUGUUUACUUUUGUAAGACUGGAACUGAAACGAUUUG